GUUUUUCUGGAUAUUUCUUCAGUAAGACUUUAAAAAUGUCCUCCAAACAAGAAAUAAUGAAUGACCAGCGGUUUAGGCGGGUUUCAAAGGAUCCCAGAUUUUGGGAAAUGCCAGAAAAGGACUGAAAAGUCAAAAUUGACAAGAGGUUUCGAGCCAUGUUUCAUGACAAAAAAUUUAAAUUGAAUUAUGCUGUUGAUAAAAGAGGGCGCCCUAUCAACCACAGCACUACGGAAGACUUGAAACGCUUCUAUGAGCUUUCAGACUCUGAUUCUGAUCUCUCUGAUGAAGAAAGCAAAGUACUGAACCAAAAAAAAGUAAAGCAGAAACAAAAACAGACCAAAAAAGAAGCAAAGUCAAAAAUACUGAUUGAGGAGAAAAAGAAAGAAACGAAAAAAAUUGAUCAAAAGGAUCCUAUAAAUAAAAAUGACUUAGAUAAUUCUGAAAAAAUUCAGAAAAUGAAAAACUUGUGUAAAUCACAGAAGAUAGAUUCAGAAAUAAGUCCGAAGAAGGAUAGUGAAGAAUUUCUGCAAAAUACAAAAAAGAAAAGGAGCAUCACUAACUAUAGUGCAGACUCUUUGCCUAAAGGAAAACAAAGGACCAAAGAUUCUAGUACCUCUGAAAUUGUGAAAUCUCCAACAAUCACUGGUUCUAAGGCAAAAAGAGAAAAGCAAUCAGUGCUUCCAGUCAGAAUGGCAAGAGACAGUGAUGGUAAAAUGCUGGACAAAGAUGCCCUGGAGGAAGAUUCAGACAGUGAUAGUGAAAUAGGAAGUGAUGAAGAAUCUGAAGGUGAAGUCACAAGUGAUGAUAGAACUUCAGCUGAUGAUGAUGAAAAUGAAGACGAAGAAGAGGAAGAUGAGGAUAGUGAGGAUGAUGAUGAAAGUGACAGUGGUCCUGAUCUUGCAAGGGGUAAAGGAAAUAUAGAAACUAGUUCUGAAGAUGAAGAUGAUUUCGAAGAUUUAUUUCCAGAAGAACCUGGUUUUGAACAUGCUUGGAGAGAAUUAGAUAAAGAUGCUCCUCGGGCUGAUGAGAUUACACACCGACUAGCAGUUUGCAACAUGGACUGGGAUAGAUUAAAGGCAAAAGAUUUGCUGGCUUUGUUCAAUUCAUUUAAGCCCAAAGGCGGAGUUGUAUUUUCUGUAAAGAUAUAUCCUUCGGAGUUUGGAAAGGAGAGGAUGAAGGAAGAGCAAGUUCAAGGACCAGUAGAGUUACUGAGUAUUCCUGAGGGCCCCGAGAAAGACUGGUCCUCUAGAGAGAAGCUAAGAGACUAUCAAUUUAAACGAUUGAAAUACUAUUAUGCAGUAGUGGAAUGUGAUUCUCCAGAAACUGCAAGUAAGAUUUAUGAAGACUGUGAUGGCCUGGAAUUUGAAAGCAGUUGUUCUUUCAUAGACCUAAGGUUUAUACCAGAUGAUAUUACUUUUGAUGAUGAGCCCAAGGAUGUGGCCUUAGAAGUUGAUCUAACAGCAUAUAAACCAAAGUAUUUCACAUCUGCUGCAAUGGGAACAUCAACGGUGGAGAUUACUUGGGAUGAGACUGAUCAUGAAAGAAUCACAACACUUAACAGAAAGUUUAAAAAGGAGGAGCUUUUGGACAUGGACUUCCAGGCCUACUUAGCUUCCUCCAGUGAGGAUGAGGAGGAAGAAGAAGAAGCACCGCAAGCGACUUCCAGGAAAACAAGCGCAGGAUGGUAUGACUACAAGCGACUUCCAGGAAAACAAGCGCCUCCUUGGAACCAUCCCAGUGAUGGCAACCAUAGAUUAAUUAAUGUUGUGCCAAAGAGACCGCCUCUGGGAGACAAGAGAUCUUCUCUGCUUGCCAAACCCAAGGAAGGAGGCUACAGUAGAUACUACUGUCAUGUUGAUUACCAAGAAUGGGGCAAGGGCCGCUGUUUUACUCAGGAUCCAAGAAGAGCCCCACCCUACAAAAGAGGCCAUUAUGGCUACCGAUGGUCAAGAGAUGAGUAUUCCACAAGCCAACAGCCUCAAUACAGGGCCAUGAGAAACGGCUUUAGAAGAAAACGUUUCUAUUCUUCCCAUUAUUCAAGACAACUCUCUCCCCAUAAACGGGGCACUCCUUUUUUGAGAGAAUCACGUGUGGGCGGGAAGGACUCCCUACACAGCAGAUUUGGAUCCAGUCUCAGCAGUAGAAGCAGGAUGCGCUCCUUCCAUCAGUCUCGACGUAGAUGUAAAGAGAGAGCCAUCCAGUUUUUGAAAACAUCAAGAGAUACUGUGCCCUCAAGUUCUUCAUCCAAGGUGUUAAAAAGCCCCAGCCAGCUGACUGAGAAGGAACAGGCUGAUGCUGCAAGCAAGAGGGCUAAUGAAAAUCCCAAGCAGUCAGAAGAAAACAACUUGGCUGAAAUUUCCGAGUUUGAGACGGGAUCCAAGGCACCAUUAUGUAUCAACCAGACAGAAGAACCCGAGUCAAACACAACAGCUGGCCCAGAAUUGUGUGAAGACAGCCAGCUUAGCAUUCGCUCAAAAGCGAUUGCAUCAAAAAUCACUGAGAUUGAGAAGGUUUACCGACAAGUCUGUGAAACUUUCGGGAUGGUGGUGGAAAGGCUGGUUGAAAAGGAUCGUUCGUUAGAAAAAUCUAUACAGUUUGCAAUGAAGCAGAGUUUGCAUGAAAUAGUUGUAUCAAAUAUCAAGCCAUUCUCUUUACUGAAUAACCAACAAUGUUCUCCUACUUUUAAUUUUAUGUUGAAUUUCUUGACUUCAAAAAUGCUUAUUAUUUUCUUCAUAUUCACUUAUUGUGGUCCUUACAAUGUUGAAACUCUCUUUACAUUCCUCUUUAAGGCUCUUGCUGAAGAAGCUAGUGAAGAUGAGCUUCCUUCUGAUGUUGAUAUGAAUGAUCCCUACUUUGCUGAAGAAGUUAAAAAAAUAGGUAUAAAGAAAAAAUCAACAAAAUCUGCAAAAGACAACACAUCUUCAGAGGAAAAAACUGAACUAGAAAAACAAAAGGCAGAAAUGGCCUUGCUUGUAAUGGAUGAGGAAGAGGACAGCAAGAAACACUUCAACUAUGACAAGAUUGUGGAGCACCAGAAUCUGAGCAAAAAGAAGAAGAAACAGCUUAUGAAAAAGAAGGAGUUAGUUGAGGAUGACUUUGAGGUAAAUGUUAGCGACACACGGUUUCAGGCAAUGUACACUUCCCACUUGUUCAAUUUGGAUCCCUCUGAUCCUAAUUUCAAGAAAACAAAAGCUAUGGAAAAAAUUCUUGAGGAGAAAGCCCGGCAGUGAGAACGCAAAGAAGAACUACUUACUCAAACAGUAGAGCGAGCUCAGCAGGACACGGGAAAGCCGACACAGAAGCGGCCCAUAGAUCCUGCCUUGUCUUCGCUGAUUAAAUCCGUGAAAAACAAAACAGAGCAAUUCCAAGCCAGAAAAAAACAGAGAGUCAAAUAACUGGGUACUGUCUCUGUGAUCUCAAGUACACAGAAAUAGUAUAAGGGAUAAUGGGGAUGAAGCCACCUUUCUAGAGUAUGAAAAAAUACCCUUUUCUGACCAUCAUGAAGUUGUUCUUCAUUGGGACUAGAGAGAUGGCUCAACAGUAAAGAACAAAGGUGCUUUUGCAGAGCAUCUGAGUUUGCUUCCCAGCACCCACAUGGCAGGUCACAACCCUAUGUAAUUCCAGUUCCAGGAGAUCCAGUGCCUCUCUGUGAGCAUUGUGUGCCCAUAAUGCCUACACAAACAUAAAUGCAGGCAAAAUAGUCACACACAUAAAUUUUUUUUUAAAAAAUGUUCUCCUUACAUAAUUGUUCUAAUUGUAAAUAAUUCAUAUAUUCACAUUUUAUACUGUGCAUUUCCACAGAUUUGUCAUAAUUAUGUGAAUUACAGAAUUUAUAAGAUUUUUAUAUUGUAUGAAGUUCAUUUCCUACAAGUACAGUGUUACUCUAGCUUUCUAGAAGACUACUGACAAUAUAUGUAAAAAAUGGUGUCCAUUUUUCUGUGUAAAGAUUAAAAAUAAAUUUAAAAAAUACAUAUA